ACAUGGAACAUGGUACCUACAGCCGAUAAAAUUUCCGACCGAAACCCCAAGCAGAAGUACACUGACGCAGACUUCGAUGGGAUCGAACUUGUCCAAGAUAGCUUACUUUCUGUCGGAAUUAAUGAGCCUUAUGCUGAAGGCCCUAGUGAUAAAACUGACAGAGAAAGAGGAGCUGUUACUUCUGAUAAACAAACAAGGGGAUGUUGUAGAAGAUAUUUGGAAUGGCUGACAGAGUCAUUACAUCCAGUCAACUUAUGCCCUGAACUAAUAUGGCCACUUAAAAAACUAACAGCUUUAAUUCUUUUACUGCUGUUUUGGGGGGCAACAUAUACUCUAAUUAGAAAUGAGAUAGCACCAGGAGGAAAUAUUUUCACCUUACUGAUGCUUUUCUUAUUAGCUUACAUUGUGGGGCAACUUGUGUCAUUGAUACGGUUGCCUCCUCUACUAGGAAUGCUACUGACAGGCAUAGCAAUUCGCAAUCUUCAUCUCUUCAAUUUGUCAGGGGUAUAUAUGGAAGUUGUUUCUUCACUGAGGAAAAUUGCUAUGACUGUCAUUCUCAUCAAAGCUGGUCUUGGUUUGGAUGCUCAAGCCUUGAAACGUCUUAGUUUAGUUGUUAUAAGGCUAGCAUUUAUACCAUGUCUGUUUGAAGCAUCCACUGUUGGUCUGGUUUCUCACUACGUGCUUGACUUUCCAUGGCUUUGGGGUUUUCUACUGGGGUUUGUUCUGGGUGCUGUCUCACCUGCUGUUGUUGUUCCUUCGUUAUUACACCUGCAAGAAAGAGGUUAUGGAGAAGAUAAAGGUGUAGCUACACUGGUUAUCGCAGCUUCUAGUAUUGAUGAUAUAGCUGCUAUCACUGGUUUUGGUGUUAUUUUGGGAUUCAUUUUCUCUGAAGGUAAUGUAACUCAGCAAUUACUUCAGGGUCCACUGGAAGUUGUUCUUGGUUUGGGAUUUGGUAUUGCUUGGGGUGUGGUGUCAAUGUACAUACCCCACAGAAAAGAUCCAUAUGUAGUUUACUAUCGAGCUGCAAUGGUUGCUGGAGGAGGAAUAUUCGCAGUUUUUGGAAGUCAGAUUCUUGGUUAUGAUGGAGCAGGAGCUCUUGCAUGUAUUACAGCUGCAUUUGUAGCAUGUUGUGGUUGGAAGGCUCAAGGCUGGAGUGCAGAAUAUAAUCCAGUUUCCAGUAUAUUUUCAGUCAUAUGGGAAAUAUUUCAACCCAUACUGUUUGGACUUAUUGGCACUGAAAUUCUCAUAAGUCAGCUAGAUGGUGGCACUGUGCUACGUGGAAUGGGUGUUCUUUUUGUAGGCCUUUUGGUUCGUGUAUGUGCUAGCUGCAUCGCAACUCUAGGAGGAACACUGACUCUGAAGGAGCAGCUUUUUGUUGCCAUAGCGUGGCUACCAAAGGCAACAGUUCAAGCUGCUCUUGGACCUGUAGCUCUAGAUAUAGCAAGAAAAAGAGGAGAUGCUUCAGAAGAUUUUGCAUCAAAGUUGCUAACCGUUGCUGUGCUAUCGAUUUUGUUGACUGCUCCUACUGGAGCUGUUGCUAUUUAUAUAUCUGGGCCAAAACUUUUAAACAGAGUGAAAGCAAAAUAUAGUUCACCUAUAGAAGAAGAAACCAAUAUUGCUGAUGUUCCUCUGCAUGAAAUUGCUGCUAGCUGAUUUUUGUGAGGCCAACAAGUCUUUCAUGUUGGAGCACAACAUAGUAUGUUGAAGGGAAAUGUCUGUAUGAUGUGUUUUGUGUCAGUCUGUAUGUAUGUCACUAUUUUACUAAGUGGUACUUAAACAAAACUGAUUGUUAUUUUUAUUAGAAUUUUCAUACAUUUUCACUUAAACAGUAAGAAAUACUCUUUCUGCAGUUUCUGAAAUGCAAAACAAUAGUACAAAGUUGUGUGUUUUUGCUCAUGUUAUUUUAACUUUUGUGUUUUAUAAAUGUGAUGCAUCAUAAUUAAGACUUAAUAUAUUCCUGCUGGGAAUAUCUUGACUUGUGUGAUGCAAAAUACCAAAACUUUCAUUGUUGUUGUAAGCAGGAAAUCAGUAAGUCAUAAUAGUCUGUACUUACCAGUUACUUUUGUAAUAAUUUGUGUUCCUUGUUAAAAAUGUAGGAUUUGGUACUUGUAACUCAUUGUUUUAUGUAUAUUUUUAUGUUGUAGUUCAUGAAAUCAAUGCAAGAAAGUUGAGAGACCAAACAGACUUAAACAUGACUUAAAAAAGAAAUAAUUUUAUCAGAUUAACAUAUUUUAAUAUAAAUUCUUAAUAUACAAAAUAGUACUUAUAUUGAGUGUGGAAGUAACAAAGGGACUAAAUGCUUUGUUAUGUUGGGAUCAUGAAAUAUUGAAAAUUUGAAUUUUUUCAACCUUUAAUUACUUCAUUAUUUAGGGGAACUUUGCUCUGUUGAAGUCACAAACAGUUUUUUGUCAAUCAGUGAAUCAUACUGUUGAAUCUUGUCAGACAGAAUCUUUCACCAUUUCCACCCAAGAGUUGCAGAUUUGAGAAAGUACCAAUGUGGAAUUGUUCAUUCCCAUGUGACAUAAUGUUGCUGACUUGUGUAAUGUCUCUAUAUGUUAACUGUAUAAUAACUCUACAUUAUGUUAAGUAUAUCAACUUAAGGUGAAGGUUUAAAUAUGAACAUUAUGAAGCACAAUGCCUAAUUGUGAAAGCUUUUUAUUUGGUUUUUUUUUUGAGUUUAUAAAAUAUGUUGACUGGAGAAACAUCAUACAACUUCACUUGUAUUGUAUUGGUCAGCUUCAACCCAUUCCUUUCUUUGUACUGGUCAGAAAAUAAUUAACUUGAAUUUCCAAAUAAGAUAAGAAAAUCUAGAAGAGUUGACAGUUCAUUCGUGUAGUUUGAAAAACUUUGUAUGGACUGCAAAAUUAGUCUUUUUACGCUUUUUUGAUGUGAAAAAGUGACUGUUCUAUCACAAACCUUGCAUGCUCUCUAUGUCUCAAAUUUUAUUAGAGUGUAUAUGUUUUCAUGAAUUUGUAUGGUCUUUUUAUAGUGUUUUAAAAUGUUCAUUCCUCAACUUGGUUGCAAAGGAAGUUUCUGUACGUACUAGAGGAGAUGUGGGAUAUGUGAGUUUGCUAUACAAUGUGAGUGUGCCACCAUUAGUGAAUGAAGUAUUCAUCAGAGGAAGUGGAUCAAUUUCCAACUCUCUUCCACUUGUUAAAAUGUUUUUAGAUGUGUUUUGCCAGUAUAGUUUUGACUUGUGCUGUGAGGUUAAAUAGUUACAAAUCUUAUUCCAUUAAUAUGAAUCCUGUAGCACUCUCAGAAAAUCUCACAGAUCUAACCACUGGAGCAGAAGAAAAAAUGCUACUUAUCACCUCCCAUCUGUAUGUGACAUAUGACUUAGAUGCUUAGUAGUAGCUCACAGAAUAGUGUUGUGAUUCUCAGAAGCAAAAUCUCUGGUUUAUUGUUAAAAGUUAUGGGAACCAGUCAGUCAAUUCAAAAUAAAUAAACACUUUUGAUUUUCACUGGAUCAUCACAGAUAAUGCAGUUUAAUCCCACAAGACCAAAACUAAUUUUUGACUGUAGCCUCAUCCAGUCAGUUAAUACCCUCCCUUUACAAAGAUCUGACACCAAAAACUCUCAUUCCUGUGGACAUUGAGUAGAAUGAGUAGAAUCUUCAACAUGUCUACAGAACUGCUGAUCACCAUCUUCUUAGUUACAAACCUCUUAGGAUACUCCCUAUUUCACUAAUUCACAUUGCACAAACAUGUGCUCAACUCCCCCCAAAAUCAAGUCCAGGACAACUCCAAAAAGUAUUAAACAGCUUUCCAGCCAGUAUCGGUAGUUUGGCUUUUGCCUCAGUUUGGGGAUUUCAAUUGGUGCUGAGAAACUACCUCAAACCAACUGUGGUAAACUUAGGAAAACUUAGUCGCAUCAGCUUCACAGUGGGACAAAAAUUCCACCAAAAUUGUAGCAGUCUUUCACAAAUGUCACAAUUUACUCACACUUCCAUGAGGUUUGUAAACAUUAUGUUACAGUGUACCUAACAGACUGCAGAAAUAUGAGUCACAGAUGGUGCUCUGAAGCAGAUUUUUCAGUGAGCAUAACCACUGAAAGAGAAGAAUUUGGUAAAAGGGGGAGGACGAGGGAAAGGAGUAAAAAUUGCCUGAUAAUAAGUGAAGAGUGAUGCCAUCACAAAUGCCACUAAAAGUGGAAAAAAUGAACCUAAGUCAAUUUGGCAGCCUCAGAGAAAUAGGUCCAAAACAUUCCAACUAUAAUUUUUGUUUUAGUAAUUUUGUCAAAUGCAUGCUUUUCUUUAAUUUUGAUUUCUUUCACAGAGGAAGCUGUGUGUUCUUUACUUUUCAGUGAUCUUCUUUAUAAGGGUUUUGAGAAAGGAACAUCUUUAACAUAUAAUAUGUAAUAUAAUGUUUUGUGUUACAUUAGGUGAACUUAAUAUGGAAAGAUAGUGUAAACUUGUGUGUACUUACUUUCCAGCUGUUGAAGUGUUAUCUCGUAUCUGUUUACAAGCAUUAAGCAAGAUGACAAAUGUUAUUUUUUUAGUUAUUGUUUUAAUAUGAUGCAUUUAUAAUUGUUUAUUUUGAAAGAUCUUUAUGUUUAAAUCACAAAUGAGUUUGUGCCAAUGGUGUGAUUUAUAGACAUAAUUCAAUGUGACAAAACAUAUAUUUGUGGAUAUUGUUUUAUA